AUGAAGGUAAUUUCCCAGGUUCAGGCUCUAUAUGUGCGGAAUUCGGCAAUCUGCACCCAGGAAAUCGCUCAUACGCCUUAUCGCCGUGAUCCUUCUUGCGUCCCGGUCGCUGCCCACGGGUGCAUAGGGGGCAAUGACUGUAUUUCCACAGAUGGGAGUCUAGCCCCAGCACUAUUCUUUCAAUGCGGGCACACUUUCAGUCAGCCCGAAAUUUCUACUCGAGGUGUAGUGGCUACCACAUUUAGGCUUGUGAUAGUGGCACACCACGCUCUUGGGUGCAUGUUAGCCAUCUGGGGAGCUAAGAAGGGCCCGAAGGACUUCUUCGACAGGUUCAGGAGAGAAAAAUGCUUCGUUAGCGACGCCGGCCACCGUUGCGCUGACAAGGGAGCUUCAUGA